CAAAAAGUGGGUGCGCGCGCCUCCUCUCUGGUACCGCGAGCGACGCUUUCCGAUGCAAGCGCCCUCGAACACGGGGUUCCCGAAAUACACUCGGCCUGAGACUUGCGCGACUCGAGCAGCAGUGGAGCCUUUGAUCCGAAUCUCGGCGCGUUACCGACUCGCCGCUACACCGGGUGCCUCUGGAGCCAUCCGGCGUGCCGGUAGUGCGCGACAGACGACUUGAGCGUCCACUGUGCGGGACACGGGCCUACGACUGGUCGCCGACAGCGCCAAGCCGCGCCUUUCGCGCGACCUGACAGGGCCUGAUGAGCGGCGCCGCCGCCCGCGCCUCCUCCUGCUGCUGCUACUGCUGCUGCCGGCGCUGCUGCACGAUCGUCCUCCGACGCGCGACCAGCGCUCAAUGAAAUGUCCAGAAGGACCGGCUCCUACCGCACCGGUGGCGGCACCUCGUCCCGUUAUGGCGGCUCCGGAAACUACUCUGCCAACUGCACGUCGGCGCGGAGUUCCACCUACGGCUCUCCAUCGUACGGCGGCAGCGGUCGCUACAGCGGCGCUCUCGCACCGAGCCUGAGCGUCUACAGUCCGAGCUACAAGGCGUCGAGCUCUGGUUACGGCUCCGAUUACGGCCGCAAGAGCAGCCGGCCAAGCUCGGGCUACGGCUCGGGAUACGGGUCCGGUUAUGGGUCGGACUACGGGAAAAGUGCCAGCGCUGGUUAUACAUCCGACUACGGGCGCUCGGGUGGCUAUGGGUCGGACUACGGUGGUCGCAACAGUGGCUACGCAUCCGACUACAGCAGGUCGAGCACGCUGCCGCGACCAGGUAGCAGCUACGGCCGGCAGUCGUCGCAUCAGGGCGCACCGGGGCCGACGUCGGGCAGUAGCGGUUACAGCUCCUACCGGCGUCCUUCGUCUGGGGGCAACAGCGUGGCCAACGCUGUCAAGAUGUUCGGAAGCCUAGCUCAUCGCGAGGAGGGCGCCUCCAAGCCGCCGGUGUCGCGGAGCUACUCAGUAAAGUCCAAGGAGGACGCAGCGCGACCGCCAUUAUGCAGCAUGCCAUCUCGACAAGAGUCCAAAAGCUUCGUCAACGUGCCCGCUAGAGCCGAUGAAGAACAGCCGGACAACGCGGAAGCCAAGGCGACCAACGAUGCCAAUCUGGCCAAGUCCGAAUCGAAGAGCGGCAAGCGUGGCUUGGCCCCGGCCGACUUCACCUCAACGUCCGACUCGGAAGAGAGCGACGACGACCAGAGCGAAGACGAGGAAAACCAGGCAGACGACGGCGUGAGCCGAAGUACUUCGACGCCUGACGCGGCUGGUGACAGCGGUCCGGCCCGCCCACCGGCGUCCAGGCAGCAGGCGACCGUCCGGCGCGCCGCCGGUCAACAAGUGGACUCUGCAGACUUAGAAUCUUCAAGGUAUAGCGGACCUAGAAGACCGACGUCAAUUAAUUCCGCCAUACCACGACAAAUAUCCAGGAGGGGUAGUUCAGGGGGCCAUGCACUGUCUGCGAGAAGUCGGAGCAGCACCUCCCUUAGUCCAGCAGCAUCGCCCCCGGCAAGGACAUUGUUCCUGACGAAUUCAUGUUCCAGAAUUCCAGUGCUCAACGGAUCAACAGUGAAGAAAACUCCAAGCCCACCGAGGGGUGCGGCACUUUCUUCUACCACAAGCACCUCUUGCGAAGAGGAAUGUGAAACUGAACAAAAUAAAGACUUCAGAAAGUCUGUGCUCAAUAUGAACCUUACGGAGGAAGAGAGAGAAAUGUACCUGUCGAGGCAACGAGAAGAACGCGAGCGAUGUAGUCAUCCCGGAGAAACGGAUUACAAAAUGGAGUCUAGCAACGCAACUGAGACAACCACGACCACAGAGACAGAGACGUCCGAAGACGAAGGAGCGGUCGCCCUUUCAAGGUCGGCAUCUUCGGCUGUCGGGAGAAGUAGCUCAAAGUCAGUGCUGCCAGAGCCCGGGCUCCGCGCUAGUGGUUCGAAGGUAAUUGUGGCCAGAAGCUCUUCACAGAACACACUACUGUCCAAGAAAGGGAGCAGGGACAACAUUUUGCAAAGCUGCCAGAGCAACGACCGCCUUCACGACCGAUCUCGAAGUGCAUCGGGCGGAGAUCUCUUGGAAGCGACUACCACCACGGAUGACGACGAAGACGCAUCAGAGGCUCGCAGCCGACGUGUGCGCCGGCCCCUCCGUCGCAAGGGUUCGAAAGAGAACAUACUGGAUGCCGAGCCCGUAACCAGCGUUACACCUGCCGUCAAGUAUGACCGACAAGAGUCGACGAGCUCUGUUGCCUCCUCAAAUACGAGUUCAUCAGAGGCGGCCGAUCCUCCACAGUUGAGUGCUCCCCACGUUACCGUCUCAACUCACACGACGAGCGAAGGGGACGACGAGGACGAAGAUGAAGAGGAUGAGGACAAUGAGGACAAUGAGGACGAAGUAGCUAGUCUAGCGGUCACACCCGUUCCCUCAGCCGGCCAGUUGUCUCCAGAGCCUUCUGCGGCAGCUCCCGUGAAGGAAGAAGCCCCAGCAGAGGAGCACGACGAGGCUGAGUCAUCCGACUACAGCCAAAAGGAUGAGGAAGAGGAAGAUGAGGAAGAUAAGACUCUUGACUUUAGCGGGGAUGAAAAAGGGGCCGCGGGGGCUUUAUCAGACAACGAAAUUGGUGACACGGUUGAAGGUAAAACCACCGUACAGCAAGACGAAGAGGUUGACACUUCUAGCGAGGAAGCGACGCCCGAAGGCAAACAGAAAUGCGACGUUGAACAGGCUGUAAGCGCCGACAUUCCUGAAGGCGAAACUAGAGAAAUUUUAAGUGAAUCUGAGUCUGAAAAAUCUGAAAGGUCUGAAGAGGAAGGCGAAGACGAAGAAGAGGAUGAAGAAGAUAAUGAAGAAGACAAUAAAGAAAUGCCUGAAGCGGAGGACGUGGAAGAAGAGGAAGAAGCAGGAGAAGUUGAAGAAUUGAAAGGUGAAGAGGCUGGCGAAGAAGUGAAAUUACAAAUACAAAAGAAAGAGCAAACAAGCAGCACUGAGGACAAAGUAAAAACGGCGGGUGGGGAAGGGGAUGCCGAUGUGACAGAGCCCUCGGUCGAGGUAGAACACAUCAAAGAAGUGGAGGUAGAAGACAUAUCGCACAAAGUCGAUUCGGAGCGGCUAUGCGACAAGGAAAAAUCACCUGAACAGUCAAAGGAAAAAGAAAGUGACGAAGAAGCUUCUGAAGUAAGUGAUGAAGACGAGGAAAGUGACGAGGAAGUUGAGAGUGACAGUACGAAAAGAAAAGACGAAGAGGUACAAAAUGUAAUUUGUGAGCCUUCAGAUGAUGUCCAGCAAGAUACUAAGCAUGAAGUCAAGGAUGAAGAAACGUCUGACGAAACGGAAGAAGAAAGUGAUGUUGAGAACCAUGAGAAACAGAAUGGUAAUGCUGUUUCGGUGCCAGAUGGCGGCACACGGACAAUUCCUGAACAAGCUAAAGAAACUGAAGAGAGAAACGAGGUUGAUGAAACAGAGGACGAUAAGACAAAUCUGCCUACCGAAUCAUUUAUUCCCAAAGCAGCGUCAUCAGACAUCACCACCACAGAUAAGGAGCCUGAUUCCUUGCCCAGUGAGUUAGCCUCUUCAAGCACAUUCCCUGAUGUUUUUCACGCGAUUACGAACGUUUCUCCUAGGCACGCGUUAGAAGUGACCGCUAACGCAAAUAGGUCAGAAACUGGUACUGGAGACGUGCGCUCUCCUGAGAGCCGGCAAGAAAUAAGCCUACUCUCGAGCUUCCCUAAACCGACUGUUGCAGAAACCAGCCAGCUUGCAAAGACACCUUCUUCUCAGAGCGUCACGAGCCCGACACUGCUAAGCCCAGUGGUCACAAACAGGACAGCUGUGCCGUAUGUCAAGCAGCCAGUUGUCGAAGAAACGCCUCCUGAAGAAAAACAAAGCAGCUCUGCAACAUCGCCGCUGUCUCCUUUCAGCCGUCCAAGCGUUAGUUCAGUGAACAGGUUAGCUUCCCAGUUUUCCUCUGUUCCUACCACAGCCCAGUCGCCACCAGUGAGGCGAAGCAGGCCGGCACAUUCCGGAAUUCCUACACCGUCCGUCUGUAGUGACUCAAAGCCUGAUGAGAACAAAACUCUAAGCGCAGCGCAGCCGCAGGCAGUUGUGAUCCGCCGCCAGCGGCCCACCUCUUCAGUUCAACCGAACCAGCAAAGUAGUGUCGCGACACCAUCGCCGACUUCAAUGACCAAGGCUUCGGUCUCAUCGGCUAGAGUGCGGCCUCUGCCAGUUCCGCCACCCGCUGCCGUGCCACCGACUCGAGUGAGGGCCGUACCUGUGGCACCACCUCCCGUGUCAUUAGUCCGGAUUUUCCCUGUGCCACCGCCUCCGGAAUCAUCAUCAGCGCAACCUCCGGUAUCGUCUGCGAAGGUGCAAUCAACGGCUGUAUCCGUUCCAACUCCACAGGAGAAAACGCAUUUACCUAUUCGAGCGAAGUCAGGAGCGUCAACGCAAUCUUUUCCAGCAGCACAGGAAAAGACGCCCGUCGUUACGAUCCCGCCGAAGGCAGAAGUACACACACCGCCAAAGUUUAUGCAGACGCAAGAAAAAACACAAGCAUCUACAACUCCAGCUAAGCCAGUUGUACAGACACCGACAACGUACCCUGCAGCUCAAGAAAAAACGCAUGUCGUACCAGCUCCACCAAAAACGUCGAUGCCACAGUUUCCAGCAAUGCAAGAGAAAACGCAAGCUCAGCUAGCCCCGCCAAGGACUCUUCCAUUGCCAACACCUGCACAGCGGCCGACAUCCUUGGAUAUAGGCAAAGAGAGCGCUAACAAGGUGCAAUCAGCGGAUUCCUUUCUCCAAAGUUACAGGCGGUCACGAGAGCUCAGCAAAAGUGAUUCGUCGGGACACCUGAAAAGUCCUUCUGUCCUCGCAGCGCAACGGACGCUUCUUUCUGUAGAUGCAAAACAGGUAACUCCAGUAGAGAAGAAGCCAGCAGAAGUACCUAAGGCAUCCUUUACGGCUCCAAGCAAGCCCCCCAGUGAGCCCCCUCUUCCAAAAAGUAAAUUCCAAAACUCGCCAGAACAGACACGAACAGUGUUUGGAAUUCCUCCUCCGGGUCGGAGAUCAGUAGCAUCGGCAAAACCCGCAGAGGCGAAGAAAAUCGAACAGGAAGAGAGGAGACAGCCGGCGCCUUCAAGGCAUAAUGAUCAGGGGAAGAACGGCAGAAAGCCGGUGACCAAAUUUAUAGGUUCCUGCAAGGACAUUGACUCUCUUUUGAAGUACGGUAGCGACGAAGAGCCGGAAACGUUUGAACAGUUCGAAGACCAGUUCGAAAAAGGCGUCGCCAAAAAAGCACCGCUUCCCAUGCAGUCCAAAAAGCACUCUCCAGGGGACAGAGUUAAACACUUCAUUGGGAAAUUUCAAGACAUUGACGAUAUGUUGGGUGCAGCAGCUAUGCCCGUUUUCCCACUAAGCCCCAGUGAUCGCAGCCCAUUCGAACGGUCAUUCGCCGACAGCUGGGCAAAGAAGCCGCAACAAGAGGACAGUGACUCCUCGGGUGAUUCGUCCCUCGAAGAGGUCAAGGUGUCAUCAGUGAAGGUACACGAAUCUAAGCAAGCAAUACGGCCUCGACUUGACGCAUACACCGAAGAGAUCGACUCCAGUGCAGUCCGUAUCAGGGAGCCCAAAGUGAUGCAGGGACAGAUUACGAAAAGACCAACGAGGAAGUUGGACGACUGCACGCUGCAGCUGUACAAGAUCAAUGCGACCGACAACGACUAUGGCAGCUACCUGGAUCUCGAGUCGACAAUCGACGAGCAGGGCGACGACUUCGAAGGAUUCCAGGACAACCGGAAGAAUGCAGUCCUGCUUCGCACUCAACUCUCCGUCCGAGUUCACGCGAUCAUCGAGAAGCUGCUCAACUCGACCGGACGAGAACUGCGACGGGCACUGUUCUCUCUCAAGCAGAUCUUUCAGGAUGACAAAGACCUGGUGCACGAGUUUGUGCAGAACGACGGCCUUGCUUGCCUCAUCCGAGUGGGGUCCGAAUCAGACCAGAAUUACCAGAAUUACAUCCUUAGAGCUCUGGGGCAGGUUAUGCUCUACGUGGACGGCAUGAAUGGCGUCGUGGAGCACAACGAGACAAUCCAAUGGCUCUACUCUCUCAUCGCUUCCAAGUACCGUCUGGUGGUGAAGACAGCCCUGAAGCUUCUUCUUGUCUUUGUGGAGUACACAGAGAACAACAGUGCACUGCUUAUGAAUGCUGUCAAUGUAGUUGACCAUGAAAGAGGUGCAAGACCAUGGUCCAACAUAAUGAUGUUGCUGAAUGAAAGGGACUCUGCAGACAUGGAGCUGUUGGUAUACUCCAUGACACUCAUCAACAAGACUCUCAAUGGUAUUCCUGACCAGGACACCUAUUAUGAUAUUGUUGAUUCAUUAGAAGAGCAGGGAAUGGAACGACUUAUACAGUACUACAUGUCCAAGCAAGGCACCGACUUGGACUUGCUUCAGCAAUUCCGAAUAUACGAGGCUGUUCUCAAGCACGAAGAUGGAGACGGGGAUGGAAAAGCUCUGCCUCUUGAUGUUCGGCUAAGGCAAGUUCCUCGUAGUCGCAAGUCAAGUAGUAAUGAUGAAAAUGAGAGGCGGAAAAGCCGACGGCACUCCCUGGGAAACCUUGCUCCAAAUAGCACAAGUCCUUUCAAGCAGCGGCCUUCACCACUUGCCAAGACACCUGAAGCCACCAGCACAUUUCCGCAAUGGAGGAGAAGGGAUGUGAACCAAAAUGAGGAGCCAGUAAAAACGCCUGACCAUGGAAAGAAUGGGAUCGCUCACAAUGAUGUUGAUACCCCAGAAAUAGAUGAUGUUGUAAAUGGCAUUACCCCUGCACUGAGGCGACGGCGAGAGCGGGAUGCUCGUAAUCGUUGCCUCAUCAGAGAACAGGAGGAAAAUGGACGUGAUCAUCAGACAACCGUUUCACCCCCUGUCCCAUCUCCACCUACAAACUUCACCGAGAAGCAGCCUCAGAAAGGGCCAUCCUUCAUCGAACGCACCCGUUCCCGUUUUGAAAGCCGCAUUGAAGAUGAAAAUAGAAAAAAUCAACAACUCUCUCAACAACAGCAGCAACAACAGCAAUCACCUGCAGCUCCUAACUUCUCUCCACUUCAGAGGCCUACAAAUCUGCAUGUGGAACCACCAAAGACUUUCAGUGUCUGCCCAAACAAAUCGCCUCAGCCUUACAUGAGUCCAACACAAAGGGACCCCAGCAAAAAGUCUUGGAUGCUCUCCAUGAUGUAUGGGAAAAACCAAGAAGAGGAGAACUCGCGUGAGGAGGAGUUAGUUCGACCACCGCAACAGCUUAAAAAGGAUGGUCUUCGAGAGCUUCAAGAUCGUAUCAGUGGAAGGACAACGGACGGCCCAGCCGCAGACAUCUCCACAGCGGGUGCUGUCAGUCGAGCAAAGGAAGGGCUUGCAGCAUCACGUUCACGAUCUGACUUCCGAUCACUACUUCCACAGACAAGCUCAUCUUCAAUUCCGGACUUGCUGUGGAAGGCUGACAAUGAUGUGCAGUGGGAACAGUUAGUGCGGUCCAUCAGGAGGCCACUCCUCAUCAAUGACCUUGAUUUUACAGACCUAAGGGAUGAUGAUGAUGCAGAUGUGCUCCAACCAAUGAACUGUGGUGCUGGCCAGCCGCCACCACCACCACCACCCACAGGGGGACUUCCUCCACCACCACCUCCAAUGGGAGGGCCGCCUCCUCCCAUGGGAGGGCCACCUCCCCCACCACCACCUAUGGGGGGCCCUUCUUUUGGUGGGCCCUCAAAAGUUGCUCCACCACCACCAGCUGCUCCAUCAUGGCUGCAGCAGCGGCAGCAGCAGCAGCAGGCACAGCAGCAAGCCCUCAAUGCCCCUCCGCCAAAGAGCAAAAAGACAGUAAAACUUUUUUGGAAGGAAGUGAAAGUAGACCCAGCAAUGUUGUCGAAGAUGGCCAAGAAGAAGACCAUCUGGGAUGAACUCAACAGGGUGCAUGUUGACACGCAGAAGCUGGAACACCUGUUUGAAAGCAGGGCCAAGGAAGUCCUGAACAGGAAAAACCAAGAAGGAAAGAAGAAUGAGGUGAUAGUGCUUGAUGCCAAACGUUCCAAUGCCAUUAACAUUGGCAUGACCAAGCUUCCACCUCCAAGAACAAUCAAAACAGCUAUCUUAAAAAUGGACAGCACCAUUAUGAACAAAGAAGGCAUUGAGAAAAUAUUGACAACGAUGAUGCCAGGAGAAGACGAGAAGAACAAAAUCAUGGAAGCACAGAUGGCAAACCCAGAUGUUCCCCUCGGCAAUGCAGAACAGUUCCUACUGACACUUGCAUCCAUUAGUGAACUUGAAGCUCGACUCAGACUUUGGGCCUUCCGCUUGGAUUAUGAUGUUAUGGAGCGGGAAGUUGCCGAGCCACUUAUGGACUUAAAGCAAGCAAUUGAGGAAAUUGAAACAAACAAGACAUUCAGGGUUAUCUUGGCCACAUUGCUAUCCAUAGGAAAUUUUCUCAAUGGUGCGGAGGUGAAAGGCUUUCAGAUUGACUACCUGGCCAAGGUUCCUGAAGUGAAAGACACUGUUCACAAGCACUCAUUAUUGCAUCAUUUGUGCCAUAUGGUCAUGGAAAAGCACCCAGACACUACUGAUCUGUACUCCGAGAUCGGAGCUGUCACGAGGAGUUCUAAAGUUGACUAUGAUGAGGUUGCGAAAAAUUUGGGCAAGAUGGAAAGUGAUUGCAAGGCAUCAUGGGAGCAUCUGAAGGUUAUUGCUAAGCAUGAUGGAUCAGCCAUGAAAGCCAAACUGUCUGAAUUCCUCAACGAUUGUGCAGAAAGGAUAGUCAUUCUAGGCAUCAUUCACCGGCGUGUUCAUAACAGAUUUCACAAGUUGCUGGUGUAUUUGGGCUGCCCACCACACUCAAUUAGAGAAACCAAAGCACAACAAGUAUGCAAAGUCAUCAGUGAAUUUGCACUGGAGUAUCGCACGACAAGAGAACGCGUACAGCAACAGUUUGAGAAGAAAGCAAACCACCGUGAAAGGAACAAGACUCGUGGAAAAAUGAUCACUGAGAUGGACAAGUUCAGGACAAAAGAGCAGCAGGCUGACCAAGAGCUGAGGCAGCUCCUUGGAAAUGGAACCUCUGAUGUUGAGGAACCCAAAGGAGGGAAAUGGGGAACUGUGCCUGGUAUGCGGGCUCGGCCAAGGAUACCACAAGGCCCUGGGGGGACCCUUGGUCGGCACAGUACUCCAACAAGGGAUGAUAACCUGACUGAUGCUGAUGAUGAGAUCUUAGAGAGCCUUGUCAAAACAGCCACAGCACAGCCUGCACGAAAUGAGCCGCGCAUUCGCAAGAAAGCUCGCUACGGUGAUAGAAAGUCACUUCGCCGUACCUUAAAGAGUGGGCUGGAUCUUUCCGAGGAUGAGCGACGUUCUUUGGCUGCAAUGUCAUCUUAGUGUGGUUCAUUCUUGGACCCCUGUAGCAGGAGGUGUUCACACCAAGCAGUACUGUUGAAUGACUUCAGCAUGACAGAAUUAACAAAAAAUAGCUGAUCUCAAGAGGCGCUGUAAGCAACUUUCUGUUGCCUUAUUUUCCCCUUGGCAGUGUAGUGGGACAUUUCUGUCAUUUAGAUUGGAUAUAUCACUUGUAAAGAGACUGUAAGGGGUAUUGUGAUCAGAUUAGAACAUGUAUUCUUAGUUUUUAAUUUGAGGCAUGGAUUGACAUUUGUGCCGAAGUGACAGAAUAUGUGUGAUAUCAGCUUUUUUCAAUUCUGUGGUGCUCAAGUUACAAUUCUGUUUAGAGUGUGGCAUGUGGGUCGUCUCGAUUUUCUACAAAGUGUUCACAUGCAGAUUGCCUUCUUGGCCACAUCUGAGUACUUUACUCUGAUGACACAUAGUCUGUAGGAUUUUUUUUUUUUUCUCAGUGAUGUUUUUUAAAACCAGACAUGGAGAAUAUGUGAGAGCAUGUAGGCUAAGAAGCAAGUGGGACAUACUCUUGUGGUUCACCAAUCACUCCAUAUGUGAUGUGUUAGUUUCAGUGUAAAUAUGUUGUACUAUACUGAGUAGUCUAGUGAUUGCCAAGUUUCUUUCUCUCUACUUUGCUUCUAUUCGCCAUAUCUCUAUAUUCUUGCCCUCCUAUUCUCCAAGACUGAAUGUUGUUGAUGAGUUGUAAAGAUGAAAUGCAACUCUAAAAAAGACAGCUCUUGUAUGGUUUGUUUGCAGACAUGACACAUUUUGGCCAAGAACAAGUGAAGUUACUUAAGCCAGGUGCAUUUUGUUAGCCAAUUUGUUUUUGUACAGUAAGAAAGGUUAUUUAUUUGUUUUUGUUCUGAAACCCCUGUGAUCUAUUUUCCAAGAAGUGUUUUCUCGCAGUUACUAUGUCAUGCAUCGACUGAUAGAUUUGUCUUGCAACGGCGACUGCCACUGUAGAAGCUGAGCUUGCAACUGAUUUGCGCCAAAGUGGCCACAGUAUAAACAUAUACUAGGAGACAUUUGUGUUCCAUUUUACAUACACACCUGCACAGAGAGAAGCUGUGGCUUUCCUAAGUCCUUUUGUUUGUUUACUGAAAUGUACAGUAUUAGGUUUUCUUCUGAUGACAAAAAUGUCAUUUUGCUUUGUCAAGAGCAGUUUUUCCUGCAACUUCAGUGCCAGUAGCAUCACUUACUUCUUCUCAGAGCCAGGCGUGUUGCAAAGUUGUACUUGCAGCAAGUACAUAAACUAUCUCAAACAUUCAUCAUGCUCUGAACAAUGGUUGCUCUGUUACUGUCUCAUUCUGCCAAAUAUUUUUUUCCUUGAGAAGUGCGUCUUUUGUUUAGUGCAUUUUGUUUUUCCUUUCUUUGCUAUGUGAGAUCUUAUGCAGGGUAAGCUAAAAGUAUAAGUCUAGGUACUAUAUGAAAGGGUAAAAGUAGUGUUGCUGCCCCUGUUCGCCUUUAGGACUCAGAAAGCCUAAAGGUGUAUGAAAAAGAUUGUGACAUCUGCAAUAUUGCCAAAUAAAGAACACAUCUGCCAGUCUGA